AUGCAGACACAUUCAUUCCUCCCGGACGGCAUGUCUCCGAUUCCCGAGAACAGGCGUGAUGGCCGAACGGACCGGGAGAUCGCGCACAUGUUGUGCGACUACGUCCCACCCACCGACAGCAACAAGAACGUGUGGGCCUACUGGCGAUCCGGAUUCGAGUCAAUGCCCCCGUGGACAAAACGAAACGUCAUGAACUGGGUUCGGCUCUUACAUUGCUCUCCUGCGGGUCGUGAUCCAUGGACGGUGAGAGUACUCGACUCGGUUCCAGGCUCUCCAAACAACGUAUCCAGAUUCAUAGACAAAUCAUUACUCCCAGCUUCGUUCCAAGAGCAAGACAUGGCCGGGCCAUAUGCCGGCGCGCACUCGGCUGAUCUCGUGCGACUGCCGCUGCUGCACCGCUACGGCGGUGUUUGGAUAGAUGUUGGCACUUUGCUGAUCCGACAUUUGGACGAUGUAUGGAGCAUCAUCACGGACCCGGCAAACCCGUUCGAGCUGCUGGGCAUGGCUCUGGCACUGCGGCCAGGCGAAGAAAUCCUGGUCAACCCCUUCCUAGCGACCACGCGUGGCAAUGAGUUCCUUCGGCGCUGGCAUCAGAUCUAUCUCGCCCUUUGGGACCAGGGCGGACGAUCCUGCGACGGAUUCCACGCCAACCCUCUCCUUAGACACUUGCCCCUCUUCCAGCCACCAGCGGGGCGUGGCGUUCCUGGAAUCGGGAAGUCCCCCGAGAGAUACACCGACUAUCUCGCACACAUGCUCUGCGGCGUGCGUCUGCGGGAUCUGAUCGAUGCCGACGACGGCUUCGACGGCCGGCUAUACUACGAGAGGCACGUCUGCCUUCUGCCCGCAUUGAGGGAGCUGUACUACUUCCCACUGCGCAACGGCUGGGACGGGCGGCGCGAGUUCGACGUGCUCGCGACCCGCAUGGACCGCACCGACGAGGAAGCCCGCCACGCCCGCAAGCUGGUCCGCGACACGCUGCAAAACUCGUGCAUGAUCAAGUUCUCGCACGGCUCGCGUGGCUCGUCCACGCCGUGGUUGGCGCAGCUUUGGACCGACCCGCGCAACUGCGAUGCCGACGUGGCGCCCGGUACCUUGGCCGAAUACCUCCGUCUCGUCGCUCUCCAGGCUUACCAGGACCGUCCGUUACAGCCGCUUCCCACGCGGUCUCUUACGACACCGACUUGGACUGCUAGACUGCUUGAACCCCUACCCAUGGCGCGAGAGCUACGAUAG